AUGGAUGUGCCCGAAGAAUGGACUGCGUUUGUGCACCCAGAGGGUGCCCGUUACUUUGUGAACCAAGAAACGAGAACAUUCACAGAUAUGAAUGUUUGUGAACCAGAUAUAUGCGAUGACAUCGAAUAUUUCAUGCACUAUCUGCUGAACGAACUCCAGCAGGCCAUCGAGGACGGGAACCUCUCACUCGACAUGGGGCAGGUGGACCUUGUGGUUGAGCCCAAGACCUUUGGUGGCGACUCUGUCAUCUGUUGCUAUUAUUUUGCCAAUCACCGCGACAGAUGCCUCUUUUGGCUAGAUGACUUUAACCCCGAAGAUAUCAUCUCAGAAUGUAAAGGCAUUAACAACCUCUCACAUAUAUGGCUUGCCGUUGAAGCACAAUACUGGAAACAUUGGGAUUACUUUCCUACCUUGUGUCCGGUUACACAAGACAUUGUCGAUGAGCUCAAAGAUAUGUUGGUACAUGCGACAUGUGACCACUUAACAUCGCCGAAGUCUUGUGCGGCGUUUGACGCCAUUGAACUCAAGGAUCAUCUUUCUGCGGUUGACAAAAUCAAGGUCAGUGCUCUCUCGUUUAUACAUCUAACUGUAAUUCACGGUCAUUUUAAAGUUUCUAAUUGCUUUGUGAAUUAUCACGGGGAAGAUUGCGUGAGAGUGAUACUUGGACAAUCGGUCCAUGGUUGGUCAUAUAAACCAUCACCGUUGAUGAUCAUUCUCGCACCCCUUCUGUUCCUUGACCCUGUGGCUCAAGUUCAAGAACUGCACAAGAUUUUUGUGGACGAGGUUAUUUAUGAAGCACAGUGGAGAGAAUUCUGCUUAAAAUUAAAAGGGCAGCUCCAGGACUCUAACCUCUUAGCCACUGUCUUACUCAACGCCAACGUCGGGUUUCUCGCCAUCAACACUGUUGAUAGAGGCGGUAGAGAUGCCAUUCAAAUGGCAAGCUACAUGUCCUUGGUGACGAGCUUGGGGAGCAUAGCCGUCGGCCUGUUCUUUGUCGCACAUGAUCGAAUUUCUGGACAAAGUACAGUCACAGAAGCGGCAGAAUUUUUAGGAAGACUUCACAACAGAAAACACGGACUGGAAAAACUGGCUAUAAUUUAUAGCCUCCCAAAGGCAUUGCUGAUGUGGGGUAUGGCCUUCUUCUUUGCGGCAUUCUCGAUCGAUUGGUGGACGGCUGGAGAUAAAACUUCUAGGACCAUUGUUGGUUCUGUGACACUGGUCGUAUUGGUGAUGAUUUUCAGCAGCAUCAUUCUCAUCAGGGACGAAGCAAUAUGGUCGUGGCGGCUAAUCUGGCGGUUGUUUGGAAACAUCACCCAGGAACUGUUGUGUCGUCUUGCUGGCGCUUGGAAGCAAGUCAUGACGCUCGGUCAAAUAGUCUUCACUGGCAACCCUCAAGCCCAUACUGGCCCGAUUGAGCUUGGUACUUCUGUUGGCCUCUCUGCCGAGGCGGAUGCUCCGAUGCCCAUCAUCAAUUUAGAACCAGACAAUCAUGAAAAUCGCCCCAAUUCCCCUAUCCCCCAUGUUCAUUGGCCAGUCCACCCCACUGCUUCUGUAGAUGCACCUCAGCAACUACAUCCUGGCAACUUGGUGCUGCCAUCAUCAGAUUCACGCACCAUCUCUUUGCAACCGAUUCGAGAAAAUACCUAG